AUGGCUGGAGGAGGUGGCGGUGCGACUGGCUUCGAUGCCGCGCUCCAGAGACGUCAAGCCCUGAUGGGCGCGAGUGGUCCUAGAGCUCUUGUAAAGAACGGAAAGGUGUUUCUCAUCGCCUUGUUUGCCUGUCUUGGAGGAGUGCUGUACGGAUACAACCAAGGAAUGUUCAGCGGAAUCUUGGCUAUGCCAUCCUUUGGAGCACAAACCGACGGCUACGUUGAUAAUCCAACACAAAAGGGAUGGUUGACCGCUAUUCUGGAACUUGGAGCCUGGUUUGGAGCCGUCAUGUCUGGUUUCGUUGCCGAGGCAUUCUCGCGCAAGUAUGGUAUCUUGAUCGCUACAGCAAUCUUCAUCAUCGGCGUCGUGGUCCAGAUUACUGCGAUUUCUGGUGGUCAUGAGGAAAUUCUAGCUGGCCGCUUCAUCACUGGUAUCGGAGUUGGUGGUCUUUCAGUCAUUGUUCCCAUGUACAACAGUGAAUGUGCGCCUCCUGAGGUUCGCGGUGCUCUAGUAGCACUACAACAACUUGCCAUCACGUUUGGCAUCAUGAUCAGUUUCUGGAUCAAUUACGGAACCAACUACAUUGGCGGCACCACACUGGAGACGCAAUCCAAUGCAGCAUGGCUGGUACCCAUCUGCCUUCAGCUCGUUCCAGCUUUCGUCCUCAUCGUCGGCAUGAUCUGGAUGCCCUUCUCCCCACGUUGGCUGGUGCACCAUGACCGUGAGGAAGAAGCUAGGAAGAAUCUCGCAUCCCUUCGUAAUCUCCCUGUCGAUCAUGAGCUUAUCGAGUUGGAAUUCCUUGAGAUUAAGGCCCAGUCCAUGUUCGAGAAACGCAGCGUUGCCGAAGCUUUUCCUCAUCUUCGCGAGCAGACUGCAUGGAACAUCUUCAAACUCCAGUUUGUUGCCAUUGCUUCCCUUUUCAAGACCAAGGCUAUGUUCAAGAGGGUUAUCGUUGCUACCGUCACCAUGUUUUUCCAGCAAUGGACUGGUAUCAAUGCGGUCCUCUACUAUGCCCCCCAGAUUUUCGAACAAAUAGGUUUAACAGGCACCACCACGUCACUCCUUGCUACUGGAGUUGUGGGAAUAGUCAUGUUCAUCGCCACCAUCCCAGCAGUCCUGUAUAUCGACCGUCUAGGUCGCAAACCCGUUCUGGCAGUUGGUGCCCUCGGCAUGGCAUUCUCACACUUUGUCAUUGCUGUUAUUCUCGCUAAGAACAUUGACAACUUUGCAAACCACCGUGCGGCUGGAUGGGCGGCAGUAGUAAUGGUCUGGCUGUUUGUUAUCCACUUUGGAUACUCCUGGGGUCCUUGUGCUUGGAUUUUGAUCGCUGAAAUCUGGCCUCUAUCCACUCGUCCAUACGGUACUGCGCUUGGUGGGUCCUCCAACUGGAUGAACAACUUCAUCAUCGGACAGAUUACCCCGGAGUUACUGGAAAACAUUACAUACGGAACUUAUAUUCUCUUCGGAAUGGUUACCACACUUGGUGCGGCAUUUAUCUGGUUCUUUGUUCCUGAGACAAAGAGGUUGACACUCGAGGAGAUGGAUACCAUCUUUGGUAGUGAGGGUACUGCGCUCAAGGACCAGGAGAGAAUGGCUGAAAUUAACCGUGAAAUUGGUCUUGCAGCGCUUUCGGGUGAUGCGUCGUCUGGGAAUGAGACUACUGUUGUCGGGAAUGAGAAGGGUAUUGUGUAA